CUGCGUGUUUCCGGAAGACGUGGCGGCUCUCUCCUGGGCUGCUUCCCGGCUUCGUUUCUUUCGGCUCAGCUUCCCACCCUGGGCGUUCCAAGGUGCUGCGGCCGCUGGCCUCGCCGCUGCAGCCAUGAUCUCCUUAACAGAUACUCAGAAAAUUGGAAUGGGAUUAACAGGAUUUGGAGUGUUUUUCCUGUUCUUUGGAAUGAUUCUCUUUUUUGACAAAGCACUACUGGCUAUUGGAAAUGUUUUAUUUGUAGCUGGCUUGGCCUUUGUAAUUGGUUUAGAAAGAACAUUCAGAUUCUUCUUCCAAAAACAUAAAAUGAAAGCUACAGGAUUUUUCCUGGGAGGUGUAUUUGUUGUCCUUAUUGGUUGGCCUUUGAUAGGUAUGAUUUUCGAAAUUUAUGGAUUCUUUCUCUUGUUCAGGGGCUUCUUUCCUGUGGUUGUUGGCUUUAUUAGAAGAGUGCCAGUCCUUGGAUCCCUCCUAAACCUACCUGGAAUUAGAUCAUUUGUAGAUAAAGUUGGAGAAAGCAACAAUAUGGUAUAACAACAAGUGAAUUUGAAGACUCAUUUAAAAUAUUGUAUUAUUUAUAAAAUCCUUUGAAGAAUAUUCAGCACAAACUUAAAUUACAUGAAAUAGCUUGCAAUGUUCUUUACAGAAGUUUCAAUGUAUAGCCUACAAAGUACCAACAGCACUUAGCAAAGAACCAGUGAAAAUAGGCUUCUGAUCACGUGGUCUGAGAAAUCAGCAAGCAAACUGAGGGAGAUGAAAUCCAUGUUACAGUGCGGAUUGAAGCUCUCGAAGGCUGUUUUUCUUGUCUUUCCGCAGUGCGCGAAACACAGCCAUCCUUAGAAAACUGUGGUGCCUGCUACUUUUUUUUAAGAUUCAAGAGCAUCCCUACACAUUGGCUUUUAGAAAUAUCCACUGUGAUAGCAAAAGUACUUCCAGUUGCACUGUGUCUCUGAAAGUGAUGCAUGAGUUGGAUGGGAUUAUGUCAUUUGGAUGUGUUUAACACAGGAAAAC